AUGGACUACCAAAAUCGAGCAGGAUCCAAGUUCGGAGGUGGAGGUGUCGCCUCUACCUCUGCCACCAAUGCCGAUCGCCGCGAACGUCUUCGCAAGCUCGCCCUUGAGACCAUUGAUCUCGACAAGGAUCCAUAUUUCUUCAAGAAUCAUGUUGGCAGCUUCGAGUGUAGACUGUGUCUGACCGUGCAUCAAAACGACGGCUCGUACUUGGCUCACACGCAAGGACGGAAGCAUCAGACCAACUUGGCGCGCAGAGCGGCAAAAGAGCAAAAGGAAGGGAAACAAGACAACAUCAUCCCUGGUUUGCUCGCUGGUGUACAAGUCCGAAAGAACGUCAUCAAGAUCGGCAGGCCAGGCUACAGAAUCACAAAAAUCCGCGAUCCUGUUACAAGGCAGUACGGGCUGCUCUUCCAAUUCCGGUUCCCUGAGAUUACAACGGAUACGAAGCCCCGCGUUCGAUUCAUGAGCGCCUAUGAACAGAAGAUCGAGGAACCGGACCCGAACUACCAGUACGUUGUUGUUGCUGGGGAACCCUACGAAACCGUCGCCGUAAAAAUACAAGCGCGCGAAGUGGAUAGAAGAGAAGGAAAGUUCUGGACCUGGUUCGAUGAAGACAACAAGGUGUUCUGGGUCCAACUCCUGUUCAAGACGGAGCGUGAUGAGCGGUUCAGCGCUGUACCGGGUCUUUCGACUGGGCGCAGGUAA